AUGGUGGCUAUAACAUCCAUAGUUCUAACACUUCUCGUUCCUCAAGGAUUCGUCGCACAAACCAAAACUAUUCUACCUGAGGCAAUAACCUAUGCAGUUGCCAAUUCCUUCAACAACACUGCUAAUUUGGUUCAUGUGGUCAUUGAAACUAGUCUUGGUACCAGUAAUAACAGCUUAGAUUUCUUGGAUGCACUUGACAAUCUUCUGGGGGAUGAUAAUUGGUCCUUCCGAUUACAAAUUGAUGUUAACAACAAAAAUAUCAGACCCGCAAGUGAUCACAAUCUAUGGUUUAUCAAUUCCUAUGAAGCUUUUCGGCGGCUUUUUCCACUAAUCGAAAACUACCACCGAGACUCACAGCUUUUCUUAAUCAUUGUUUUGAAAUGCGCGAAAGCCGUUCAGGGGCAUUUAUUUGUGAUGCAGAAAAUCUUCUCAGAUUUGCUAAGACUGAUGAUAGCUAACGUUAACAUUUUAAUUAAGGACGGCUCUAAAGGAGUUUCAUUUUACACCUUCUAUCCAUUCCAGGAGUUUGCAUGCCGUUCAGCAAAACCAUUCAAAAUGUACACUUUUCAUCAAAACUCAUUCCACAAUAACAAUGUUUUACUAUUUCCUACAAAAACCAAUAAUCUGUAUAAAUGUUCGCUUCGAUUGAAAACCAGAAAUAACAAUAUUCUCAAUUUGAAAAAGAUUGAAGUCUUUGGCUUGGAAGCUUUCAUCACAACUGAGUUGGCUUCCAAAAUGAAUUUUACAUAUGACAUCAUUAAUGCGUAUGAUAAAGAACAUUUUUUGCCGAAUGAGAAUUCUAGUGGGCCUCAUCCAUCGGUUGGUAUUUCAAUUUUCUUAGUUUCAAUUUCGUUUUAA